AUGGGAUGCAUCGACGCGAGCUUGGUAUGGGCAGUUGUUGACUGUUCGCUUCUGUUAUUUUCCCUUCUUCCAUAGCGCCCAAGGAACCGUUUUUCACUGUUUACACUGGACUCGCUGUUUACCCAUUUUUUUAAACUUUAUUUAUCCUUAAAAUCCCGCGAGUGUUGAAUUUAGAAAGGAGCGGCAAAAUUGUACACCUCUGACUUCGAGGUUUUUGUUUUGAUCCUUCCAAUAAAUCUUCAGAGUAUUCUUUUAUAGUUUUAUAAGACUUUUGCUUUAAAAAAACAUCAAACACCAAUGCGAAUGGAUCCUCCAAAGUUCAGAGAAAAAGUUCUUAUCGGACUGGAACAUGCGCCACCAAGUUUCGAUGUGCGAGGAAAAGUCGUCGGACCGGGAGGGGCCAACCUUCAGUACAUUACCAAUGAAACUGGUGCGAUUGUAACGAUCAGGGGUAAAGGUUCUGGUUACAUUGAAGCGUCGGGGCAAGAAUCAAUUGAACCGCUUCAUAUAUGUGUUGAGCAUUCGAAAUAUGAAGUGUUGCAAGCUGGCAGACAACUAGCCUUCAAUCUUAUUGAAACAGUACAGCAGGAGUGGGCGAAUAUCCAACACCAGCACCACGAACCACAACAGCAACAUCCGCAACCCCAGCAACCACCGCCUCAACAGCAAAUCCCUCUUCAGAUACAUCCAUCUCAAAUUGUCAACACAAGUACAGGAAACAACCCUCCUCACUCAGAGAUAGUCAAUAACACAGGGAAUUUAGCACCAGUUGCUUUACCAGUUUUUACACAGCAAACGGUUGGUCAAAUGGUGUCAGUUCCACCACCUACGAUAGCAGUUCCACCACCAACUAUCCACAUCCCACAACAACAACAAAUUCAAGUUAAUGUUUCUCAAAGUAACGGGCAACAAAACACUCCAACUCCUUGUUUACCUAAUAUCGGAGGAUUAGUCCAGGCCCAUCAACCAGGAAUGAAUGUGUCUCAGGAAGUACCAUCGUCUCAGGGCUCGUCUCCAGCUCAGCAGCCACCGCAUUCUUUUCAACUUCAAUCUCAAGCACAACAAGUGUUUGUAAGUGGUCAAGGAGCACUGUUACAACAGCCUGCAUUAAUUUCUCAACAACAACAGCCUGUAUUACCUGGUUCUGUUAUUGCCCAGCAACCUCAAAUAAUUGCUCAUACUUCAUACCCUCUUCAAUAUAUGCAAACAAGUAAUGGCCAGAUGGUAGUAGCCUAUCCAAAUCUUGUCAGGCCAGAUGGAACGCCAGUUUCUGGACAACCUCAGCAAUUGAUGCUUGUUCAAUAUGGCCAGCCAGCGGGUGUGAGGCCAGCAGCUGGAAGUAUCCGAGCCCCUCCAUCUCAAGCAAACACCCAACAAGCAUCUCUGCCUCAAAUUGUUCAGAUUGUAAAUCCUCAAACAGGGCAGAUUCAACAUGUGAUUCAGCAAGUACAGCAGCCUCUUCAAAUGCACCAAGUACAGCUUCAGCAUCCUGUUGUUGGUCAAGGAGGGAAUGUAAUUGGGCAACAACUGCUCAUGCCUCUGCAAACCCCUCUUCAGUUUGCUGCCCCACAGCCUCAGCAGAUGAUUAUAACACAACCGCCUCCCCAUGUCCAGCAUCACAUUGGGACAACUACUCAAAGUAUGUCAAAUAUUAGUGGACAACUUCAUGUUUCUACUGCAGUAUCUGGGCCUCCAACGACUGGUGCCUCUCAGCAAGCACAGCUCCAAGUUGUGAACCAAAGGCAACCACAAGGACAAAAGAGAAGGUUUGAAGGAGAGCAAAGCCAAUUUCAAGCUUUGCCACCACAACCUGUUCCACCUCCUCAAAAUCAAGGCGUGCAGCAAAAUUCAAGGAAAGGAAUGGGAGAUAGCCCGCAAAGAACAAAUGCACAGCAGACAGGGCAGUCCCAAGAAAAUGCAAAUACAACAGAAAAAAAUCAGUUCACCCAAGAUGAGUGGAGAAAUGAGCAGCAGCAACCUGAUACUCAAAUUUCAAGAGCGGAAACUUUUAAACCUGAACUACCUAAAAGAGGCCGUCCAUCACAUCUCGACAACUCUGGAGAGGCAAGGGUUAAGAAUGAAAAAAGUUACACCGGAGGAUAUAAGGGGCCGCAACAACAGACGUACAAUAACGGGGAACAGCAACAGCAGCAACCCCCUGUACAAGGAUUGUAUCAUCAACAACAACAACAACAGCAUAUGUUUCAUCCAUCGCUGCCUGCAUCGACAUCUGCUCCAGUCCAGCAGCAGUACGUGACCCCUCCUCAUCCUCCUCCUCACAUGUAUCAGCAGCCGCCUCAAAGUUACAACCCUUACAACAAUUCCUGGAUUCUCCCGCAGUAAAACAGUUCUUUAAGUUACUGAGAGAAAUGCUAAAAUGGAUAUAUGGUUGUAAUAAAGGUGUACAUAAUUUUGUUAUGUCGAGCUGUACAAAAACAAAUGCUGUAGAAUUUUAAUGGUAUUAGUUUAAAUUAUUGAUAUCCAAUUUCUUACCACUCCUUUAAGGAUGAAGUAAUUUUUUAAUCGGGUAAAGUAUAUAGUGAACUUUUAAGAAUUUAGA